CGGUAGUUAGGUUGGUCACUCAGUCACAGCAGCCAGUGCCCUCUUGCGACUCCUGAGCGAACGGAAAAGGGGGAGACAAAAGGCCAAGAAUACACCACAUGUUCGUUGGCUGUCGCCGUGACAGGACUGGUGAGACAAUUGCAUUUGCAAGUGUGACAAGCGAUCGUGUCCAUUUGUCCAUCCGUUCGUUCCAUGCCAUGCAGGUAUGUAUGUUACAGCAAACGCACUGCACUCACUUGACCAAAUUCACUCAAUCACUCACUCACAGCAGCGGCACGAACAAGCGGACACACCAGGCAGGCAGGCAUGGCUCGACAUUCUCACACAUCCGUCGGGCACCACCAUUCUCGCGUCAUGCUGAUCAUGCGUUCGGCGUGACCUCUCUGGGUGCGUUGGCAUCUAAUCACCACACACACAGACGCAUUCAGACACAGGCACAUACAGACUGCAUAGACACAAGGGUGCACGUGUCCCACCGUGCGGCACAUCAUAUGGCGGUAUCUGCACCAGGCGCUUCAUGACGAUCGGGUCCGCCUUGGUCUUGCCCCUGCACCAACACGCACUCACACGCACUCAAUGUCUGCGCCCGCGAGAACCACUCACCCACGCACCUGUCGCCAAGACGUUGCUCGAUGAGCUCAUCGUCGCCAGCAGUUUCGCAGCCGAUAAUGACCACGUCAGCCGAGCUGGUGGCACCGCGCACCAUCCCACCGUCGUAGAGGAACGACUUGAUGUCGCCAAUGGUGUGGAAGCUCCCCCCGAACUGUCUUACAUUGAAGCACAUGGGUCCCCACUCGCCGGGACAAUCAUGGUACGUGAAGAAGCGUAGCUCGGCACGCACAAC